AUGAAUCAAGAAUAUCCAUUGGUUGUCUCAUUCUUUGAAAUUGACAAUCACACAGAACUUCCUAUUCAAAGUUUUCCUUUUAAACACCAAAUAGAUAAAAAUUUCUUUAGAUUCUUUUUUCCUAUUGCACCAUCUUAUCUUCAUAGUUCAUUUCUUUGUAUAGAUUCUCAACAACAAAUGUUUUGUUAUGUAAAACAAACAGAUGAAUGUACAUUUAUUCUUACUUCACAGUAUCUCCAUUGGUCACUAUUCAUAAAUAUUCUCCUUCAUCUCAUUCAACUCCCUUCACCUCAAAGAGUUUUGUUCUUAUCUUCACUCCAUCAUUUAAUUCCACUACCAACAUUAAACCAAUUAAAUUAUCCUUUAUUUUCAUUUCAUUCUCAAUUACCACAACCAAUAAACCAACCUUCUUCUGGAUGUCUUUCAUCGUUACUUUGUCUUCCUAUAACUCAACUAAUGAUGUUAUUUUCAUCAAUAUUAAAUGAAAGAAGAAUUAUUAUUCAAUCAAAUUCAGCACAAAAAAUAUCAGAAUUUAUUGUUUCAUUAUUAGAAAUAUUUUCACCUUUAAAAUGGCAACAUUUACUUGUUCCAUUUCUUCCAAUCAAAUAUACUGAAUUAACAGAAACACCAACACCAUUUAUUAUUGGAGUAGAUCCAUCAAUUAUGGAAAUUAUUGAUUUAUUUGAUAUUAUUGUUUUUGUUGACAUUGAUAAAGGAAUUAUCAAGAGUACUGACUCAACAAUAAUUAAGUCUGAUUAUGAAUUAAUUCCAAGUAAAUGGAUAAAUUCAAUUACCAAUUCAUUAAAACCAAUUUAUUCACACUCUGAAACAAUAGAUGAUAAAAAUCCAAUAAUUAAAAAGGCUUUUAAUGAACUAAUGAAUUGUUUUAUUAAAGACAUUGAAAUGAGAAUUCGUUCAAUGAUAGAAACAAACACUGAAUAUAAUGUAAAAGAAUUUUAUAAAGAUUAUUUCUUCCUUGGAGAAGAAAGAAAAUUCAUUGAAAUGUUUAGUAAAACUGCUGCAUUUGAUCAAUUUGUUCUUGAGACUGAACAAAAAUAUAAAAGUGAAGGUAUUAAAUUGAAAAGAAAACCUUCUUUACUUUCAUGGUUUAACAAAGAAGAACUUAUUGAUGUUGAUAAUGCCACUCUUAUUACUCCAACAAAAGAAAAUCAACAACUGUUUAAUUUAUUAUAA